AGGAUCUACCCCAACAUGCUAAUGAAUUGCUGGGAACUGGCGUAUGUUCUCGCUGGCUUUUCUUCAUCCACCCACUGGUGUGAUAGGUGUACAGCUCGUGGUUACCAUGGUGAUGGCUAGUGUCAUUCAGAAGAUCAUACCUCACUAUUCUCUAGCUCGUUGGCUUCUCUGUAGUGGCAGUUUACGAUGGUAUCAACAUCCCACUGAAGAAGAAUUACGAAUUCUUGCAGGGAAGCAACAAAGGGGGAAAAGCAAAAAAGAUAGAAAAUAUAACGGUCAUAUUGAAAAUAAACCCCUAACCAUUCCUAAGGAUAUUGAUCUUCAUCUGGAAACAAAGUUAGUUACUGAAGUGGACACUUUAGCAUUGCAUUAUUUUCCUGAAUAUCAGUGGUUGGUGGAUUUCACAGUUGCAGCUACAGUGGUGUACUUGGUAACUGAAGCCUACUACAGUUUGAUGAAGCCCUCACAGGAAAUGAAUAUCAGCAUUGUCUGGUGUCUGCUUGUUUUGGCUUUUGCCAUCAAGACACUGUUCUCAUUGACCACUCACUACUUCAAAGUAGAAGAUGGAGGUGAAAGAUCUGUCUGUGUCACAUUUGGCUUUUUUUUCUUUGUCAAAGCCAUGGCAAUCCUUAUUGUAACUGAAAAUUAUCUAGAAUUUGGACUUGAAUCAGGGUUUUCUAAUUUUUCAGAAAGUGCAGUGCAGUUUCUUGAAAAGCAAGGUUUGGAAUCCCAGGGUCCAGUGUCUAAACUAACCUUCAAAUUGUUCCUGGCUGUUCUUUGUUCACUUAUUGGUGCUUUUUUGACAUUCCCUGGCUUACGACUGGCUCAAAUGCAUCUGGAUGCUCUGAAUUUAGCAACAGGAAAAAUAACACAAACAUUGCUGCAUAUAAACUUCUUGGCACCUUUACUUAUGGUCUUAUUGUGGGUAAAACCAAUCACCAAGGACUACAUUAUGAACCCACCUCUGGGCAAAGAGAGCGUGCCUUUAAUGUCAGAAGCAACAUUUGAUACGGUACGACUGUGGAUAAUUAUCCUAUUGUGCGCUUUACGGUUGGCCAUGAUGCGCAAACACCUGCAAGCCUACCUUAAUUUAGCACAGAAAUGUGUGGAUCAGAUGAAAAAGGAGGCUGGCAGAAUAAGUACAGUUGAUCUGCAGAAAAUGGUGGCCCGAGUAUUUUAUUACCUUUGUGUAAUUGCAUUGCAGUAUGUGGCACCUCUGGUAAUGCUGCUUCAUACAACUCUGCUUUUGAAAACACUAGGUAAUUAUUCCUGGGGCAUCUAUCCAGAAUCUAGCUCUGACUUUCCAAUGGAGAACAGUCCACUCCCCAAUUCAGUUUAUUCUGAGUCUCCACCUGCUGAUGGAAAGAUGAAGGUAACUGUAGUACAAAUAACAAUGGCAUUGGGUAGCCUAAAGAACAUUUUCACUCCUCUCCUGUUCCGAGGACUCCUGUCUUUUCUCACCUGGUGGAUUGCUGCUUGCCUCUUCUUCACAAGCCUUUUUGGGCUUUUCUAUCACCAGUAUCUGACUGUGGCAUGAAUAAUCAGCUCACAAAGGAAAUAUCUGAAGU